CCGUAGACAAGUAAAAAGGGUGAUGGACAAACGUGCGGGCACUAAGACCGCAAGGCAUUCAUUUCCUCCGACGGUGGAUGCGGACGCCGGGAGGAGGAGAGCCCCGGAGCGAGGAGCUGGGAGCUGGGAGCUGGGAGCUGGGAGCUGGGAGCUGGGAGCCGCGGCUGCACAGAGAACACGUAGCGACUCCGAAGAUCAGCCCCAAUGAACAUGUCAGUGUUGGCUUUACAAGAAUAUGAAUUCGAAAAGCAGUUCAACGAGAACGAAGCCAUCCAAUGGAUGCAGGAAAACUGGAAGAAAUCUUUCCUGUUUUCCGCACUGUAUGCUGCCUUUAUCUUUGGUGGUCGGCACCUGAUGAACAAACGGGCCAAGUUUGAACUGAGGAAGCCAUUAGUGCUCUGGUCUCUGACCCUUGCAGUCUUCAGUAUAUUCGGUGCUCUUCGAACUGGUGCUUAUAUGGUGUACAUUCUGAUGACCAAAGGCCUGAAGCAGUCAGUUUGUGACCAGAGUUUUUACAAUGGACCUGUCAGCAAAUUCUGGGCUUAUGCAUUUGUGCUAAGCAAAGCACCCGAACUAGGAGAUACAAUAUUCAUUAUUCUGAGGAAGCAAAAGCUGAUCUUCCUGCACUGGUACCACCACAUCACUGUGCUCCUGUACUCCUGGUACUCCUACAAGGACAUGGUAGCCGGGGGUGGUUGGUUCAUGACCAUGAACUACGGCGUGCACGCCGUGAUGUACUCUUACUAUGCCUUGCGAGCGGCUGGCUUCCGAGUUUCCCGGAAGUUUGCCAUGUUCAUCACCUUGUCCCAGAUCACUCAGAUGCUGAUGGGCUGUGUCAUUAACUACCUGGUCUUCUACUGGAUGCAGCAUGACCAGUGUCACUCUCACUUUCAGAACAUCUUCUGGUCCUCACUCAUGUACCUCAGCUACCUUGUGCUCUUCUGUCACUUCUUCUUUGAGGCCUACAUCGGCAAGAGGAGGAAAACAACGAAGGCUGAAUAGUGUUGGAACUGAGGAGGAAGCCAUAGCUCAGGGUCAUCAAGAAAAACAAUAGACAAAAGAAAAUGGCACAAGGAAUCACAUAUGGUGCAGCUAAAACAAAACAAAACACAUGAGCAGACACAAAACCCAAGGCAGCUUAGGGAUAAUAAGGUUGACUUAACCCAGUAAGUUUUAUGAUCCUUUUUGGGUGAGGACUCACUGAGGACACCUCCGUCUCAAAGGACUGCUGCUGGGGAAACCCCAUUCCCUCCUUACCUGUCAGCUCUAGGACAGAGGAGAACAAAAGUGAACCAGAGGCACAGAGAGAAAGAACUAGAAGGUAAACAAAAGCUAUUAACACUCUAUGGGGAAAACAUAUGUACUAAGUGUUCUAUUUCUCUAAGAAUGAAAGAAGUUUGCUUAAGCAACUGUGCGAGCACAUACCCACACAAUCCUUUCUAAUCUUUGUUGACACUAAGCUGGAGCCAAUAGAACAGAUCAAAAUGGAAGAGACACAGGGUGGAUAUCUAGAACCGUAAUGCUUUUGCAAAAAUUAAAGCCUUUUUAAGAGAGGUUAGUAGCUGUAGCCCCUCGUGAGAAAAGACGUCUUAAUCACCUCUCGUGAAAACGGAUGUAAACAAUUGUAUUUCAGCUAAGAGAUGACUGGUGUUUUCUCCCUUCCUAACACAGUCUCGGGCUAGCCAGUUUGCCAGCACCAAACGGGCAUGAUAUUUUUCCAAGGUUCUUUCUGGGAGGAUGGAAACAGUGCAGACCAGGUCCUAAAGGGGUGGCUCCAGCUCAGAGCAUUCCUGAUAAUUUCACUGUAAUUUCUACUCUGAAAUGAGCUGUAAAGAAUUUUCCUUGGUUCAGUUGCCCCAGGCUUUUGAACAGAAGAGUAAAUACAAAAUAGAAAAGUUAAAACUCAACCAAAUGAUUUGAAAAUGGAUUCUGUACCACCUGUAAAAAGGACCAGCCCCAUAGCGUUCUUGAGCUGGGAAAAGGAGAGUGGGGAAAGAAGGGAGCCAAUCAAUCCGACAGACACACUAUGUAUACCCCCUCUCUAUUUGUCUUCACAUACACACUCAUGACUUCCCAAAUGAAACCCUGUUGUACAGUCCAUAUUUUCUAUAUUUUUGUGAAUCUCAAAAAGAAAUCUGCAGGGCUCUUCCUGAUAUUGGGUGAACACUGUGUUUCCGCAUCAUCUGCAUUUGCUCCCCGAGCAAUGCAGAGGUGUGUAAAGUGCCCUCUGCUGGUCAAGUGGAGAUACUUCAACAAAUGCUUCAUGGCAAGUUUGGCUGGAACAGUUGACAACAAAGGGCCCCCUAUAGACUUAUCCUUCAAAUUUUAAAUGAUAUAAAAUACUCGUCAUAUUUUUGGCCAAAUCAGAAGAUCUUCUUGCUUCAAGUCAGCUUCAGAAAUUUUUUUAAAAGGGACUUCUGCUCUGGAACUCAAAAUCAAUUUAUUAAGAGCCAUAUUCUUUAAAAAAGAAAGAAAGAAAGCUAGAUAAUAUAAUAUUAUCUGUAAUACAGUCCUUUACAAGCCAAAUAAAUGUGUAAACAUUCCUAGUAUUUCAAAGAAGCAAUUAUGUAAAAUUGUUCAAUGUGAUAUGCUAGUAUUCUAAUUGGUUAAGUAGCUUCAUGAUUAGACAAACUAGAUGAAAUGAUUAGCGGCUACACUGCAUAGAUUAUACAUGCAUCACCACACAUACAUGCACGCGGAUGUGGGGUACACUCAACUUCAAAGCCCAAAUGAAUAGGAACACGUUUUCUGGCUAGCAGAAAAAGAAAACCGUUGUUUAUCUUUCUUGCUUUAUUUGAGAGUGUACAGUAAAAGGGAUUUUUUUCAGAUUAUUUUUAUAUUAUUUUAGCUUUAAUUGUGUUGUCAUUCAUGAAACAGAGCUGCUCCGCUUCUCUGUCAGAGAUGACAAGGGCUUUCUCAGCAUCUUGUUUAUGUGUGGAAUUUAAAAGAAUAAAGUUUUAUCCCAUUCUGUGUGAAUGGUUUGAACAAUGAGCAAAGAAUCCAUGCAAACCAGGUCAUGACUGAUAGACCCCAGGGUGGGGAUGGGGCUUUGCAGGGUUGGGAAAUUGUCACAUCCGUGUUAAACUUUUUGGACAGUCUGUGAUGUCUUGACAUUGGUUCAUAGAUGUGAAACAAUUGAUGGAGGGAUGUGUUGUGAUUAUUAGGGCAAAAACUGACACAAGCUAAAAAGAUAAGUACUGCUAUACCAACUACUAGGUUCUUAGGAUGCAAAUAAUGUUUUUGAGCUUUGAAAAGACAGAUACUGUGCAAUAAGCUUUUUUUCUUAUAUAAGAAAAUGAGCAGAGUAAUUCCAAUGAGGAAAAGGCCAAAUAACAGCUGACUUGAGUUUAAUUGAAGGACCAGUUCAAGCUUAUCUGGUUGAUUUAAUUUAAUCGCUGAAUCCAUUGAUUAAUCAUUGAUCCUUUAAUGUGGUUAGAAUAAGAGGAAAUGAGCAUAGACCUUAAAUAGACUCUAAAUAAUGCUUCCAAAGCACUUUUAUCUUGAUACAGAUUCAUACUUAUGUUCAUCUGUGAGAGAACUCAGAAUUUUUGUUUACAAGUUGAAUGUCUAAUAAAUAGUUUUUAAAUUGGCUACAUAUAUUUAAAGGCUUUUCCAACCUUUCUCGUGGGAGGAGAGAAAAACACUUUAAAAAAUUCUGGUAUUACAGGUUUAAUACAGUGUUUUUAACAUCUCAGCUUAAUUGCUUAAUUAAUUAUAUGAAGAUAGGAGGCUGGACCACUAGCCCAUGGCAAAUCUCAAUCCUACCAGAGACUUGACUGCCACAUAGAUAAUCCUACUGUCAGUUAACAUUCCAGAAAAACUUGGGCAGGCAAGUUUUUAGAACUGCCCCCACUAUGCUGCAGUAGAUUAUCUUUCUGUUGGAGAUUUUCUACUGCAUUUCAAUCCCAUUAUGGUGAAAACAUUUCUGGAUUGAAAAAAAUAUAUAUAAGUGCAUGCAAUUUGAUCUGAGUAUCAACCCAAGUCUAGGAAUUUGCAAUGAAAAACAUUCUAAUGAAAAAUGCUCUAUUCAUAGAACCGAAGGUUUUAUCUGGGCCUUCUAGUUUUGCUAAUGAGAAAAGAGUAGCUACAAUGUUAUUUAAAUCCAUGCUAGGCCAAAGUGCCAAAUUAAAAUCAUGUAUUGAGGUUUUUAUUCCAGAUCAUUUACUCUCCUCCUUCUAAUCACACUCUACAAUAAAAAUUAGGGGGGAGGGAUAAUACACACAUAUAUCUUGCUUCAGGGGGAAGGAAGGAUUGAUUAGAUCCCUCUCACUUCCUCACCUCUCUGCUAAUGUAGCUCAGGACUGAGUCAGAAACUUCAUUUGAGUCGGGGUUUUGCAGAACUGAAUGGAAGAACACUUCUGGGAAAGAGAUCUUCAGAAAUUAAAAAAAAAAAAAAUCAGAUGUGGUAUCUUUAUGAUAAAACCUGUCACAUCAAAGAAACAAAGCACCUGGAGUCCACUACAUGGAGUAGAAUGCUCCAGAGAAGUCUGGCCUCGUUCCCAGACUGCUAAAUUACCUGGGAGAGACAACAUGCUCAGGUUACUAUCUUUUCUUUAUCCUGAUAAAACAGCCUCCCCUCAGAGACUAUGUGUCGUACAGCUGUCCCCUCCAGCACAUUCUGAGGACUUCUUCUCCCCCUCAGAGUUGUUGGAUUGGCCACGUGCUGAUUCAAGAGAGCUGUUAAUAGAAUAGAGAAGAUCCAGUAGAUUUUGCCUCCCAGAGCUCAGCACUCUUAAGUUGUGUGUGGAUGGUCCAUGCCUGUCUCCUUUACACACUUAUUUCCCUGAAAAAGUUUCCAUCCCUAGAGUGUAAUUGUGUAAAAAUUUCAUGAUGAAAGCCCAGAACUUUCCGGCAGUCCAGUCUUUGUUUCCAAUGAUACUUUGCUAUCAAUUCAGGAUGAUAGAGCCUAUGUUUGUGCUGUGAGCCACUGUCUCCUGUGUUAAGUCUUUCUCUGUUUUGUAUACAAGGUCUGAUUCUUUGGCCCCAGACCCAUCAUGAAGAGAUUUUGCUAUCGACCCACAGGGUUUGGCCUGUAGUACGUAACACACUAAAGUGAGAGCUAAUAAAGCAACGAUUCGCUCUUUUGUGCCAACCAUCAGUAUGAAGUGUUAGGUCCCAGUUUUUCAAUAAACCAACAGCUUCUGUCUGCUGGUACCCAACACUUAAGUAAAACAAGUGUCAGGGCAUUUUUCUGAAUGCCAGUUGUGACAGACUCCUGAUUAUAAACCUCCUCCUGCCAUGUGGCGGAAUCUAUAGCUAAAGAAACCAGUUAAGAACACCUGCGCCGAAUAUCAAAGAAUAUUCACAAGCCUGUUGAAUUACUCUUCUCAUCCUCAGAUACUUUGAAAAUUCAGGGCUCACAGAGGAGGGGAAAAAAAUCCCCAGGCUUCCCUUCCUCCAGAAUUAUACUUAGAAAAAAGCGGAACAGAAGUUGUUCUAACAACAGAAGAGACUAUGGGAGCACACUCGUGUGGGUUUGAGAAGGUCUUAAGAAGGGCAUUUGGAUCUCCUGUUGGGCAGACAAAAAUCUUGCAGUCAGGUAUACUUCAGUGGAACUGCAAACCCAAACUACACUCUAGUCAACUUUUUCUGAAACAACUGGUUAAAUGAAAGAGACUGGUCCCAUAUGUCAGGGUCAAGCCAUAACUGCAACCCAUUUAGGCCAGGAUUGCGGGGUCCUGACUCACGUUGGUAUUUAAACACUGCUACUUUCCCAACGCUUGGCAGCACUUGAGACUUCUCUCAGUGGGCAAGGAUCAAAAACUCUCCAGAAGUAGCCUAAUAGUGGUCCCCAGGCACAUCAUUUUCAGACAGAUCUGACUGGGCUCGUUCAGGUCGGAGGUUGCUUGCUGCUAACUUGAAAACAAACUGGGAGCUUCAGCCUCUUCCGGGGCCCAGAGCCCAUAGUCAAACGUUCACCCAUAGAAGCCUCAUAGAGCAAAUCACAGCAAUGUUGGAAUUGUUAUUUUCAAGUGCUUAUUUCACGACAUUCAAAGAAAUAUUUUUUCUUGGUAUAUUAAAAUUAAAAAUAAAAUCGUAACUUUUGAUUUAAAAACCAAA